GAAAUUGGAACUUCUGGCUUUGGUGUGGUCAUGUUUCUCCAGUAUUACCUCAACGAUCAGGGAGACCGAGUCUAUACGCUGAAGAAGCUUGACCCUAUGGGACAGCAGACCUGCUCAGCUCAUCCUGCUCGGUUCUCCCCAGAUGACAAAUACUCUCGACACCGAAUCACCAUCAAGAAACGCUUCAAGGUGCUCAUGACCCAGCAACCGCGCCCUGUCCUCUGAGGGCCCC